AUGACGGCUGCGGGCUCACAUGGACAAGGCGAUCACCGCAGCUUGGACAGCUCCGAGAAGCCAAUCGAAUCUUCGUCAGGAGGCGGACCACAACGUCGCAAACCGCAUGGCAUCCGAUUGCCGCAGAUGACGAAAGUGAAUCACGAUCAAGACGACUCGGACAGCGACUCUGCCGAUGAGUUCGCACGAUGGCAAGCCAGCUCGGGGCCGACCACACCCAACAUCUCCGAGACGGCAGCACAGCUACGACGCAGUCUCAGCGUGACUGCCCUGCAAGAACUCGCACACACGCCAAGAAGCCAGAUCCGCAAGUCGGCCGUCAACAAGGUGUGGCGCCCGCAGGACGAAGUCGCUCGCAUCCCCAGUGACUGGGAGAGGUUAGCCGUUCACGUUGCAAGAGGCGGUCUCCGGGCCGGCAAUCUUGCUUUCGCGCUAAGAGCCACGCUGAUGCUCGUGCUCGAACUGGUCAAGUCGAUGCGCACCCGCAAGUUCAAAGGCAGCGCAUAUGGCAUUGCGCUCUUCGGACCACGCAACUUUCGCUUUGCAGCCAUGUUUGCCAUCUGGGCGUCGCUCUACAAGGCAGUGCACAAUGCGCUGCGUUUGAUGACUCCACCCCCCGUCAAGAGGUCGCGAUCGCGCUCCGCUUCCGCCGCAAAGACCGCCACGUUCACCAUCGAAAAGGACGGCAACGCCUCGCCCGACGAGAUCACCAGCGGAACAGCCACACCCCGUUCUGGCCGGGCCGCUCUGGAGGGUAAGUCGCCCGAGGAAAAGGCAAAGGAGAAGGCGAAACAGAAGCGACGUGCCUUUAUGCCGGAUCCACGCUCCAAGGUGUGGCAUGCCUAUGUCGCCGGCGCUGUCUCUGCGUUGGGUCUAUUGGUCGAGAGCCCGAGCAACCGGAUUACCUUGGCUCAACAGCUCUUCGUUCGAGGCCUCGAAGGCUCGUACAAUGUAGCGCACGAGCGAGGCUUGGUUAACAUUCCGUACGGAGCUGUCAUCACAUUUGGUCUUGCGUGCGGUCAGAUUAUGUGGGCGUGGCUCGAAGCACCCGACUCGCUGCCAAAGGGGUACAGGAACUGGAUCACAAGUGCCUCGCACGUCGCUCCGCGCGUGACAGACAUUUAUCGGGACAUCAGGUUCAAGGGCGAGGCGGACGCAGACUUUGCACUCAAGUGGUUCCCCGAUGGCAAGAUUCCAGAGCCCAUCUCUCUCAGUCCGCUUCGCUAUCCAGACGUCGCGCCCAAUUCAUUCAACCGUCGCGGCAUCAAGGGCAAGAACGUGCGCAAGAUCGUCGAGUGGAUGGAUCGCACACGCAAGGGCGACUGCGGCAGCGUGGUCGACUGUGCGCUCGUCCACCCGUGGGAGCCCAACCAUUGGCGCAGCCCCAUUGACCGCUUCAUCGAGGUGACGCGCUGGAUUCUACCCGUCUACCUUACACUUCACUUUGUGCCUGCCAUCUUCCUGCGUCCCGGCAAAUUCCUCAAGAACCCGCUCGAUGCGACGCUGCGUUCGCUGAGGGGCUCGGUGCGCUCGUCGUCGUUCCUGGGCGUGUUCGUCAUCAUCUUCCAGACGCUCUUCUGCGCACAGCAUUCGCUGUACAAUUUCAUCCAGGCGAGUGAGACGCUGAGGCAGUACGUGCCUAAGUGGUUUACGCGCAUGCUUAUCAGCAGCUGGGUCAAGUGGGUCACGGGCUUUGCGACGUGCCUGUCGCUGUUUGUCGACGAUUCGAGGCGUCGCGCCGAGCUGGCCGCGUACGUGCUGCCAAAGGGUAUGGAAAGCGCCUGGUCGGUGCUGAGGAAGAAGUCCUAUGUUCCGUUCGUGCCCGGUGGCGACCUGUUGCUCACAACGGCGGGCAUGUCGCUCGUGAUGGGAACGUACGCUCAGAACCCAGAACACCUUUCUGGGCUUGUUCGCCGAAUCGUAUAUCAGUUUGUUGGCCGCAAUUAG